AUUCAGAUUGCAUAUUUUAGGAGCAAAGAAGAGUCUGAACUGCUAAAGUAGCAAUAACUCCAUGGACCUAAUGGGUUAACAUGUCAGUGUCAGUCACAUCUCCGCGCUGAGUCUCAGCUUGAACUUGGCACAUUCCAGUUCACACCACAGGUACGAACCGCCGGAGACAACAGAGGUUCAGGAAAUGGGAUGAACAAGAGGACUUACUGCAGAAGACAAUGUAAAGCAGUGGAGAUCCACCAAUGAGAAGGAGACCAUGAGGGUUCAGUACCAUUGGCUGCUGCUGUUACUGCUCCACUGGCAUGAAUCUAUGACAGGAGCCUUGCGAGCCAUCAGCCCAUACAUCAGACACUAUGAAGGCUUGUCCUACGACAGAGAGGAUCUUCACAGGAGGCACCUGAGAGCCACGAGGUCCACCCUUCCCCAGGACACAGCUCUGCAUCUGGACUUUGUUGCCUUCCGAAGACCAUUUCGCCUGCGAUUGAGACGAGAUGCUGAAAUUUUUUCACAAAACUUCAUAUUGACAAACGAGAAUGGUUCCACACUAGCUGAUCUUUCCCACUUAUAUUCAGGAACAUUAGAAGGUGAAGAUAAUUCAUCCUGCCAUGGCUCUGUGAUAGAAGGGCAGUUUGAAGGCACCAUACACACGUCCAAUGGGACCUAUCAUGUAGAAUCAAUGGAGAGAUACCAUAACACAACAGACCACCAUUCUGUAAUAUACCAUGAGGACGACCUGGUACUACCAUCCAAAAGAAGUGAAAAUGUAAGUUUUUGUGCUGCAGAACACAUGAAGCUUCUUGGCCUUGGACCUUCAUCGGCUGAAGAGGCAGCAAUGAGCCGCUCCAGGAGGACAGUGGAUGAAGCAAAAACCAGCUGCCUGCUCCACUUCCAUGCAGAUCACCUGUACUUCAGCAGAUUCAAGUCUGUGGAGGCUGUAGUAGCACAGGUUGGCUCCUACAUCCGAGCAGUGAAUGACAUCUAUGACAAGGCCGACUUUAAUGGGAUUAAGCUGAUUAACUUCAAAGUCAAGUCUCUUCAUGUGAUGACUGAAGAGGAUAAGAAGAACCCACUACAGCGGCUCUACAUCGGCCCAGAGAAGCUGCUUAGCGUCUACUCUGAAAAUAACUGGGGCAACUACUGCCUGUCCUACCUGCUCACCAACCGUGACUACAGCGGAGUGCUUGGGCUGGCCUGGGAGGGCAAGAACGGUAACUGGGGAGGGAUCUGCUCGGGCUACAUGCAGCUGAGAAAUGGCCAGUACUCGACUCUGAACACAGGUCUGGUCACAAUCCAGAACUAUGGGCAGUACCUGCCGUUGCCACAGGUGCAACUCACCCUUGCCCAUGAACUCGGACACAGUUUGGGAGCACCGCAUGAUGAGGGGCCUAACUGUGGAAACCUGGGUUCAUCUGGAGGGAAAGGUCGAUUCCUGAUGUUCCCUCAUGCCUCUGAUGAGGUCAGAGAGAACAAUGAUAAGUUCUCGCCUUGCACCAUCAAACACAUCAGUAAAGUUUUGCAUCUGAAGAAAGAUGACUGCUUUGUAGUCAGUGAUCAGCCCAUCUGUGGGAAUCUGCUGGUGGAGGAGGGUGAGGAGUGUGACGUAGGACACAAUGACACAGACCCCUGCUGCUACAGCGCAAAGGAGCGCCUUGGACGCCAGUGUCGCCUGAAGCCUGAUAAAUUCUGCAGUCCCAGCCAAGGCUUGUGCUGCAGGCCGGACUGUGGCUUUAAACUGUCAGGUCAUGUUUGUGAUGAGGAGACGGACUGUCAGAUGCAGAGUGUGUGUUCAGGACUGUCCGCUCACUGCCCUGAGCCCCACCCCAAAGAAAACCUCACCAUUUGCAGCCAGGGCACCCGCGUCUGCCUCAACGGGGUGUGUGCGGAGUCUGUUUGUGUUCGACACCAGCUACAGCAGUGCGACUGUCCUGGAGACUCUAUGAAGGAGAAAUGCCACAUGUGCUGCCAGCAGCCUGGUCAGCCAGAGACAUGUGCCAGCACCACCUCUUCAGUCUUGUCCCAUCACUUCCAGAGGAAAGCACUGCCUCUUGUAGGCGGGGCUCCGUGCUCAGGGAAUCAGGGCUAUUGUGAUAAGUUCCAUGUGUGUCGCCUCCUGGACGCAGAUGGGCCCAUUGCCAGACUCAAAAACUCCUUUCUGCACCUGGAUGACUUUGAUGAUUUAGGAGAGUGGAUGAAGGUUUAUUGGUGGGCCAUUCUGCUGACUGUGGCGGUUCUGUCUGCUGUGAUGGGGUGCAUUGUUUGUGUCUGUAGCAGAACUAUGGACACAACUAUUUUGAGAUGACCAUUUUACCCUGGCCAAACAACAGGGCCAGGAGCACUGUGAUUGGUGAAUGUUUUGACACUCACGGUUCACCUUUCUUCAACCUGGUCACCUGAUGUGUUUGACGUCAGUUGACAUUUCAGUGAGAGGAGGGGGCCAAGUGUUGUGGAAAAUGUUGCUGUCAUCUGUGGGUCGUUUGGAUCAUGAAACACUGGGAAUAAGAGCGGAGCACCUGUUGCAGAACUGUAAAGAGGCUGCUGCAUGGACUAAGCUGCAUUGGCCUUGUGCCCAUAUGAACUUAAUUGACAGUUUUAACAGUUACAACACAAUUUUAAAUUGAAAACAGAAUAAAUAUCAUGAUAGCAUUUUAUAAUAACUAAACUACUAAUAAAGCAUGAAAGAAAGAAACAAUGGAUUCAUAAUGAACAAAUAGAUUAUUAACAAUAAUUCAGGCUAAGUGACUGUUAAGGUGCAUUGUGUAACUUUUCUGAUGGAGAGCCCGUCAAAAGCUUUUCUUCCCUGAUGUUAUUGCAUUGUCUGGAAUGUUUCACAUUAUGGUAUUAAACCUUUCUAUCUUCAUGGAGACCAAACCAGAGCAAGUUACGGAUCUGUGGAUCUGUGAAUUAGUGAAUCAGAUCUGUGGAGAGACAAGUCAGAUUUUUGAUCUAUAAAACUACCUGUAAUUGAGUAAAUGUAAGAUAGAGUUGAUUAAUGACAUACUGAAGAAAAUUCCAGGCAGAGCAAUGACAUAUCCAUAGGAACAAGGAGAUGACGGACCCCCAACCAAAAUGUAACAUAGUGCACCUUUAAGUAACACCCUAUCGCUGGAAAAUAACCACUUAAUUAAGUGGUUACUAAGCCUUAAUAAUCCUUUAUAACGUAAUUUUUCAUUAUGAAUGACACUACAACAAAUGAAAGUGGAGUUGUUUCAAAGUGUUACCAAGAUAACUCUACUUGGUACUACUUUAUUAUGACUGGAUUGUUUUUUAAUAAGACUAGUUUUAUUAAUAAAACUAAUUGUAUGCUUCCUGA